AUGGCAGAGUCCAGUGCCGCUGCCGAAGCUGCCGCGCAGCAAGCGACAGAGCACACGUUGGCCAAACGAGUUCUGCGGAAGAUCGACCGACGACUAAUCCCCCUGCUGUUCGUCACGUACAUGCUCAAUUUUAUGGAUAAAACCAUCUUGUCUAGUGCAUCUGUUUUCGGACUUUCUGAGGACACGGGUCUUGUAGGUCAGCAGUACAGCUGGGUCUCAUCAAUCUUCUACUUUGGCUAUCUGGGAUGGGCAUACCCAACGACCCUACUCAUUGCUCAUCUGCCAGCGGCUAAGUAUUUGUCUGCAAAUACGCUGCUAUGGGGUGCUGUCGUAGCCCUCACGGCAGCAUGCACGAAUUUCGGGGGUCUGAUGACGGUCCGGUUCUUGCUUGGUGUCGCGGAAGCGACCAUAACGCCUGCAUUCAUGUUCAUCACGUCUACGUGGUAUACGCGCGAUGAAAUUCCUACCCGGACAGGUCUGUGGUUUGCUGGAAACAGCUUUGGCGGCAUCGUCUCGAGCCUCCUCGCGUAUGGGCUGGGCCAUGUUAAAGACCAGGUCGGGCCAUGGAGGUGGAUGUUCAUUGUGCUCGGACUCUGGACAUUUCUCUGGGGUUUCGCUCUUUUGCUGUUCCUCCCCGACUCCAUUUCCAGCGCGAAAUUUCUUACGGAGGAAGAACGCCGGAUAGCAGCGAAUCGGGCGGUCAUCGCAGGGACAGGCAUGACGGAGAAAACAGCUUGGAAGUGGGAGCAGGUUCUUGAAUGCCUGAUGGAUCCGAAAACAUGGUUUAUCUUCGGCCUGGAACUAUUAACGCAGAUUCCUAAUGGGGGCACACAGAACUUCGCAAACCUGGUGAUCGUCUCGUUUGGCUUCACGAACCUGCAAUCGACGCUGAUAACCAUCCCCUACUCCCUCAUCACUGUGGCGACAAUUACUGGAACGGGAUGGCUUGCGGGUCGCUUCCGUCAGCUCAACUGCUUGCUUGUCGUGGCUGUUGUUAUCCCGUGUGUGAUCGGAAGUGCAAUUAUCUAUUCAAGAGCUCACAUCGUUCUUGGGGUUCAACUGUUCGGAUACUUCCUGCUGUCCACUGGACCAGCCGCGAUGCCGCUUGCAAUGUCGCUCGUCCAAGCCAAUUAUCGAGGAGUAACCAAGAAGAUGACGAUGACUGCCCUGUUGUUCUUGGGAUACUGCGUUGGGAACAUUUCCGGUCCGCAGUUCUUCCUGAGCAGCGAAGCACCCACUUACAACACGGCCUUCCGCACAAUCAUGAUAUGUUAUGCCUUAACAGUACUGCUGGCGUUGGGAUUGCGAUUUUACCUGCAAUGGAAAAAUGCUCGUCGCGCACGCGAGGAGGGAUUUGAAGGGAGUGCCGGGAAUGCAGGCGCUGUUGGAGGUGGAAAGGUCCUGGAUAAUGAUCGUACUUCGAAAGAUGUCGUGGACAUGAUGAACCAGGUGCAGCUGGUCUCGAACGACUUUGAAGAUACCACAGACUGGAAAACAUCCGGCUUCAGAUACCGCUACUAA